GCGUGAGUCGAUCAUACUGCACACUGGAUGUAACAGCUAAAGAAACCCCUUUCCAGGCACACAGGGUGAAAAUGGGACAGUUCAGUGUUCAACAUUUAAUCUAACAGGAGCAGAGUUGCUUGUAGCAGCUUGUUGCACAGAGUCUGGGUCAUUGACAUGGCAGUGGACGCGGCCUCCAGUUUCACUUUCUGUCGCCCUGCGGUGGAGUACAGGGCUCUUCCAGAGGACUUUAAGUACCAGUUGAGGCGCUGUGCAGGUGGAAACCUGACUUGGCAUGAGGGGCACAACUGCAAAACAGCAGGUGGCCGCACGGUCAAACUACUGCAGCAGCCUGGAACCGAAGGACUGCAGUUACGUUCAGGUGAAUCUCACCCUGUUUACCACACCAGUCCCACGUUGCCGUCUCUCUCCAGGCCAGUGGUUCUGUGGUCUCAGCAGGAUGUAUGCAAAUGGCUGAAGAAACACUGUCCACACAACUACUUGACCUACGUGGAGGCCUUUUCCCACCAUGCAAUUACAGGUCGUGCUCUGUUGAGACUGAAUGGUGAGAAAUUAGAAAGGAUGGGUUUGGUUCAAGAGACCCUGAGACAAGAGCUUCUCCAACAGGUUCUACAACUACAAGUGCAAGAGGAAGGGCGUAACUUACAGCUGCUUAGCAGAGGGCUAUCUGGAAACCUGUCAUAGCUUCAGCCAUGCGUGGGGCAGCAGCUUCAUCCCCAUGCUAACCAGCACUCAGGGUUGAGGCCAGAGACAUUUGACUGUAGCUGUCAGGGACUGGGACACUCUGAGACACAGGGACAGCUUUCAGUUAUACUGUUCUACCCCAUAUUCUUUUUACACAUUAGAAAACUCAGACCAGAUGAGACUACUAAAUGAGCUUCCAUACAUGACUGCUGAUUUACUGUAUCUACCCUGCAUCUGCUUCAAAACACAAACAUGUAAUGCAAAGGAAUCCUUAUAUCUGAAGAAGGUGGACCCAGUUUGGUGUACCAAAUGUCCCUGCAUUUUGUUGCAAAAAUUUGAUCUGUAGAAUUAAAUCUGGAUGAUCAGAUGACCCAAAUACAUUUUGCAAGACAUUCUACAAUGAUAUGGAUGAGUAAUAAUACAGUAAUAAACAGGUUUGCAAACUAUUUUCCUCUGAAAUGUGACCUUGCCAGACGUGUUGUCCACAGAAAACUGGUUUGCAAAAUAUUUUCCUCUGAGAUGUGACCUUGCCAGACGUGCCCUAAAACGGAAGACUGUGUGGUGUUAUAUAAGGAAAAUGUAUUCUGUCGAAUUCCUGCAGGUGUUGUGGGAUUUUUUUUUUUACAUGAGAGAUAGACCUUUAAUACACAAACCUGCGGUUCUAUGUGAACUCAGUAAAACAUCAAUUGUGCCACCCAAUUCUGGUUAGGCUGUACAGUUCUUAAAAGGAGCUUAGAAUAUGUUUGCAUCAUUACAAUUAGUUACUUUAUAACUUAAGUUGAUUUUGUUUCUGGGAACUAAGAGAAAAAACAUUCUAAACUAGUUCCCCACAUGACAAGCUCCCCAACAGCAUUGACAUUGAAAUGAUAAGUAUCUUUGGCCACAAAAGGCUGUGAUUAUGCUGUGUAAAUUACAAAGCACUGAGAUUUGUAGAUGACAGAUGUAAAGUUAAGGAAAACAGAUUACAUGCUGCAUCAUUGAUGCCUAAAAAAAGGCUCAGGUCUGGACUUGCCUGAGAGACACUUCAAAUAACCUACAUCCAAGCAUCAAAGAUGACACAGUGUGAGAACUUUGCAAGCUGUAUGAGACAUGCAAAAACUGUGUAAACUUUAUUCUGAUGUGUUAUUUUGUGAAAAGAGCUUGAUAGAGUAAUAUUUAAUGAUGAUAAAAAUAAUAACUUUGGUCUCAUUACACUACUUGGAUUGUUUAGUUUAGUAAACUAUGACUCAUCUUGUGAUAAACAGUAUUAGACCUAAAGAUGAAUUGAGGGCAGAAAAAUUCUUCUAAUACUGUAAAGUGCAUUUUACUGCUUUCAGAUGUCAUUUAAGAUCUUUACUUUGAACAGUUAUAAUGAAAGUUAGUGUUGUAAACAAAUAUUGUUUUCAGUUUGUUGAAAAGAAAAUAGCUUUGUCAAGAAAGAACAGACAUACAAAUCGUUCUCAACCAUGGUUUAGGUGACGCAGUGUGAUUUUACCGGAGGGUAGGACUGCAUUGCUGCCAGCAAAACAUUGUAGAUUGCCAGAAAGCUUUGUCACGUAGAGCACAUUUUCCCAUGACAUACCAAAAGAUAGUUUUGCAUAAUACCAGACAUAUAUGUAUGUUUUCCAGUCAGUUACAGACUGUUCUAAUUGAUCACAAAUGUUACAUAUUUAAUUGAUUUGUGAUUACAAUUUAAAGCAAAGAUGUGCAUAUACUUAUGUGUCAUUACAUCCAAAUGAUUUUGCUUUUUACAUUUUACAUUAAAAUGAUUUAUAACAUAUUGUGCUUGUCAGGUUGUUUAUGAUCGCUGUGAAAUUUGAAAGCUUCCUUUUCGUUUGUGUGUGUUGUGGGAAUUAGUUCUCUGAUCACAAUACUCCAAGCAAAUUGGAGUUCAGUUCAAGCCGUGUUUUUGUGCACCUUUUGUUUACAA